CUCCCUUCUCUGAACAAUGCCGUGAUUCAUCGCACUGUAAUGCACUUUUGCUCAAUCACUGGUUGGUUUUUGGGUGCAAACGCUGGCUGGGAGCUGAGCGCUCCGAUUCGACAGAAGAAGAAGAAGCAAGUCUUCCCCCGUUGUCACCGGCGAGCACGCGGCACGCCGGAGCCGCGCGUCAAGCGAGGCGUCAGCACGAGCUAUGAUCUGCAGCGCUGAUAUCUAUAUGCAUGUGUGUAUGUGUCACUGAGGCAUGGCAUCGGCAGCUUCACCGAAGAGGAUGGUGUCCUCCGUCUUCAUCACUCUCGCGUCCCCUUACCGGGCCACCGUGACGCCGCAGCAGCACACGCUCCAAACCCACAAUGCCCCCGCGAGGGAUAAACGGUACACCGCCGUGCGAGUCGACCCGAGCGGCAGCAUCCACGCGCACAGCCAAAGGUACUGGAACGACAGUCGCUCGUCUGAGCCCCACGGCGGCAGAGACGGCGCGAAUCAGACUGAUGUAGCGGCUUUGGACCAGGCCCAGGCUCGCAGCCCCACGGCCGCCCGCCCCGGACCAGUCAGAGCAGAGCUGCAGAGGGACGGGGGAAACGAAGAGGUCUCUCCUCCGGCUCCCUUGCCGCCCUCGUCUCUACAAACAGGACUCGCGGAGGAUUCAGCUCCUGCGCGACCCUCUCCUGCAGAGGAACCUCUCUCCUCCCCUCUGUCCCGAGGCCAAACACCACUUUACAGCAAACAGACAGAGACCAGAACAGUGUCUAGUGAGGGGGGUGAAGAACAGCCCCAACUGGCUCCCGGCAGUGAUCAGCUGAUGAGUCCAGACAGUCGUGAGGUGUGCGGGUUCUGUCGCAAGAAAGUGGCUCUUGCUGAGCCUGCGAUAGAGGCCCUGAACAGGACCUACCAUGACAGCUGCUUCCAGUGCAGGCAGUGCCAGGCUCCUUUAGCUGGCAAACUGUACUACAACAAGGCAGGAGUCCCGCUCUGUGAGGACUGCUACCAGGCCAGUCUGGACCUUUGCUGGGCAUGUGGUGAAGUUAUCAAAGAUAACGUCAUCCGUGCACUGGAACGAACAUAUCACCCCCCCUGCUUUACAUGUGCAACGUGUCACCAGCCAAUCGGGGAGCAAAGAUUUGCCCAGGGAGAAGUUGGGGAAGUUUAUUGCCUCCAGGACUACUACAGGGAAUAUGCUCCUCAGUGUUGUGCCUGCAAGCAGCUUAUAAUUCCAAGAGAAGACGGCACUGACAGCUACACGGUAGAAUGCCUGGGACGCUCCUUCCACGAGGACUGCUACCGCUGUGAGGUUUGUCUCAUCCAGCUCUCUCCUGAGCCAAACGACCAAGGCUGCUAUCCGUUGGAUGGAAGGGUGCUUUGCAAAUCUUGCCACCUGAGCCUUGUUUCUGCCGAGCACUAAUGCCGGGCCUCGCAACCCGGGGCGAGGUGGAACCGGUGAAGAAGUGACAGGAGUCCUGCUUCAACAAGACAGGAGAGUCUCUCCUGUGCAUCUUCAGACUUUCGGACGGGGACGUCGCAAACUUUCUUUUUCAACAGAGUAAUCUCUAUGAGUGGUUGUUUUGGCAAUACAUAGCUCUUGUUAAUGUGCCUCCUAUUCCUCUUUCAUACGUGAUAAUUUUGCACUCUUUUUAACUCACAACAAUAUGCACCAAAGAAAUGUAUUCUUCUAAAUCCAACUCUCAUGAACAAUGUAGUAAGCAUUUUCUAAAUCCUAUGUAGGCUAUGUUUUAAAAAAAAACUGAACCAAUAUAUUUCAAUCAGUGUAUCUUUUUAUAAGAAAAAAAAUAAACUAAUAUAUUUUA